AUGAAGACCACUCUUAUCCUCCUCAACGCCCUCGUGGCAGUUACCGGUGUAUCUGCUCAAGACGUUCUCGCAGAUGUGAUGGUUUAUAACUCUGAAUCAUGUGGAAAGGAUGCCAACGACCCUAACCUAGUUUCUUCUGGGAUCACAGUUUUCAAAGAUGUCAGCGAAAUCAAAGUCGUAGAUGGGAAGCCAAACGGUGCUUGCAUGCGGCAACUCUGGUCAGUUCCAGGUUUCGAGGAAGAAAAUGGCCAAUACAACCUUCACAUCGACGAAAACACGAUCCCCGAAGACUGUGAGAUGGUCUUCUACGUAGAACUCCCCGCCGGUAGUAGCAGCUCCGGGCCAGACAACUGCGCCACCUUCGUCCGCCGUGUGCCGUCAGCCGAUGCAUGCACUACAGUAUCCCUUCGCAAGGAGUUUGGUUACGCCAUGUGUUGUGGGGACGAGAAUUGUUCAUUUGCUGCAAAGAACAAUCCGUUCACUUCCUCCAGUCGUGCUAAACGAAAUGUGGCUGCCGUCAAGAAAUCGCCACUCCUUCGACGAGAUGGCUGCACAUUUACUCCUGACGAUGCCAACGCAAAACCCACCACGGAGUAUGGCCCACAAGUUAUUAUCUCGAACACCUAUAACUGCCCUGGAACCAAUGAUUGCGAACAGGAGUUCCAGAUCGGGUACUCCGUUGAAGUGACGAAUAGCUGGGGGGCUGAAGCUUCACUUGGCGGCGAACUUUGGGGUGCAAUCACUGCUAGUGUCUCCAUGAGCCAUCAAUGGUCGGAGUCCAAACAGACAUCGUGGAACGGGAACUACAAAUACGUCAUCCCUGCCGGAGGGAGCGGCUAUAUGACCUUUCAGCCUGAAUUAGAGUGCAGCCCCGCUGGAAAGUUUGGAGAUAGCUGCAGCGAUGGCGUCAAGGGACAGCAUGGCAAGUCCCCCAAUAUACCUUUUGAAUAUCCAAUGCAUCCAUGUGUCCCGCACAGAGUGGACCCCUUUGCAGUACGGCUUUUACCCCUUAAGCAGAUCCUUCUCUUCAUGGCGACCGGUAGUCUUGGCAGGUUGAUAGUCUUCAUGCGAUCAGGAGCUGCGGACUGGAGAGGAGUACCGCCUCCUCCCACGUCCGACUAA